UGAAGAUUAAAUCUUUAUUGAUAUGAAACAUUAUAUUUUGUAGCAUAUCACUAAAGGCAGUUUUAUAUGCGCACCUAACAAUGUGUUCACCAGCCACGUAAACUAACGUGACUAUGUCAAUACAUGGUUAGAAACAUAUACAUAAUUCGUGACCUAAUAGUAAUGAUAUUUGUUGACAAAACAGAUAGAGUGUAAUACUUUGAUUUUUCUCAAUACAGAAUUUCAUUCAAUCGAAUGAUAUAAACAUUCCUUUAUGUAUAAUAUAAACAUGUUGCUAGCUUUAAAUAUAUCACUAUUUUAGAUAUAACCUCAUUUGCCGGUUAGGGAUCAUUUUAAGAAGUUAUGAUUAUAUUUUUGCACAGAGACAGUUGAACAUUAUUAUUUAAUAAAUAAAAAUGGCUGUGUUAUGGGAAGUAUACUUUCUGACAAUAUCAACGUUAUUAUUUGUCCUUUGUGUACAAAGUUUGCAAAGUUUAGAAGUAAUAUAUGCAAUAAAUGCUGGUGGAGAAGCACAUACUGAUAGUUAUGGAAUUCGUUAUACCAAAGAUCCUUUAAUGAGUAAAGUUGGAACAGGAUCCGAUUAUGGCAAGCAGUUAAUUAUUGGACGAGUAAAUGCAGUUGAUCAGAUCUUAUACCAAACUGAACGAUAUCAUCAUAGUACAUUUGGAUAUGAUAUUCCAAUCAGCGAGGAUGGAGAUUAUGUUAUGAUAUUAAAGUUCUGUGAAGUUUAUUUCAACUCUCCUAAUAUGAAGGUGUUUGAUGUUGUAUUAAAUGGAGAUCAUACUGUUGUUACUGACUUAGAUAUCUUUGAGAGAGUUGGACGUGGUGUAGCACAUGAUGAAUAUAUUCCAUUUAAAGUUCAAGCUGGGAAGUUAAUAUACAAUGACGAAGAGUCUGAUAUAUUAGCUGGAAAAAUUAGAGUUGAAUUUAUAAAAGGUUACAGAGACAACCCAAAGAUAAACGCUAUUGCUGUAGUAAAAGGAAAUAUAGAAGAUGUACCACAGUUGGGCCCGAUUCCUCAAGAACCGGAAGAAUAUCACAAUAUACAAGAAGAUGAGGAGGAGUCUACAGUUCGUAGUCGACAUACAAGUGGCCCCAGAACUCCAGAUCCUUAUUCAAUCGAUGAUUCCUCAGUAAUGUUACCAGUCUUUGUAGCUCUUGGGGCAUUUAUUCCUUUACUAUUUUGCCUAUGUAAACUAUAGGCUAAGUAAAAAUUUUUGCACAUGAAUGCCUUGUACUUAAAGAUGAUAGUGUUCUAAUCAGUUUAGGUAAAUUUAGCAUAUGGAGAGUUGGCAAUACAUAUAUAUGUAUAUGUUGGCCGUGUAAAUAGUGGGAACAUCUUUGGUUUUGAGCUAUGUCAUCGAAUUUCAUUAAAACUGUUUAUUAUUAAUUUAAUCAAAUGAAAAUGUUUAAAUAUGCUUUAUACAAUGGAUAAUUCAAAUUAAGAAUGAAAUUAAUAACUUGGGAAAGAUGAGGAGAUUUUAGUCAUGACUUUUGUUGUCACUUUAAUGUGUUCAUUCAUAAGUUAUUUAAUUUUUAACUAUAGGAGUGAAAUAAUAAUUUGCACAAAAGUUGACACGUGUUAUCUUUUUUUUAUAUAUAUAAUUCCGUGUACUCUUAAUACAUUAAAGAUAUGUAUUAAUUAAUUUUUUAAAAAGCUUGUAAUCUAGUAUUUAUGAAGGAUUACAUCGUAUUCUGAUUGUAAUUAUUUUUUAGAAAUAAUAUUAUAGAAAAAAACGGAGGGAAAGUAAUAUAUAUAAGAAUAUGCAGUACAAUAAACCUAAAUAUUUUGUUCAAAUAAAUGUGUUUAAAUUUAGUAUCAAUUCACACACAAUGUUAUAAUCGAAUUUUGUGAUUGAUAUAUUGUAGCAAGUGAAUUAAAUUAUUUCAAUUGGACCUUUAAUAUCUUUUAUACGAGGAAAAUUUAUGUACUUUUAUAUUCGGUAUAUUGGUUACAUUUUAUCAAAUUGUGUACUUUUAUAAAACUUAUGUCGAUUACGUGUGAAAAAAUUGGAAUGAAUCCAACAAUCCGUCAAAUACCAAAGUGAUUUUAAUCUUUUGCAAAUGAGAGGAAAUAAAGCUGUUAUUAUUGUCCAA